AUGGCGGACAGCACGGACGACUUCCACUACGCAGAGGUCCGUGCCGUUCGCCCCGCGCCUGAGGACUAUCCCCUUGCUUCUCUUGAUGAUGACUGCAAGCUGAUCGGGUCGUUGCUGGAUGACUGCCUGCGGCUGGAGAUCGGAGAGGAGCACUUUCUCAAAGUAGAGCGGCUCCGGAGCCUUGCAGGAUGUGCUUCCCAGCUUUUCCAGAAGGGCGACACGGACGCUUCGCAGUUCCUGUCAAAAAGACUCGUUGAUGAGCUUUUCCACCUGCCCCUCGAUCAAGCACUCCCGCUCACGCGGGCCUGUGGCCACUACCUCGGCCUCUCUGGUGUUGCGGAGCUUCAUCACAGAGUGCGGCGGAGUCGCCAGGGCGCCGUUUCUGGUAAAUCGGCGGACGAGGUGCUUGGGGCGCUUCUGCAAGAAGGCGUCGACCCACAACAACUUUUCGAUGCGGUUUCCAGCCAGAGCUUGGAGAUUGUGCUGACAGCACAUCCGACUCAAGUAGUACGAAGGACGCUGCAAUACAAGCACACCAAAAUUGCUGCGCUUCUUCAACAGAAUGAUCGGUCGGAUCUCACACCUAAUGAGAAGGAAACUGUUGUCAAUGAGCUUGCCCAAGAGGUGUCUGCUGUUUGGCAGACAGAAGAGCUCAGGCGAAAGAAACCAACACCACUGGAUGAGGCUAGGGGAGGCCUCAAUAUUUUGGAACAGUCCUUGUGGGCAGCAGUACCUGCUUUCGUGGCCCGGGUGAGUGCGGCUCUGAAGAAAUACACCGGAAGAGACCUGCCAUUGGAAGCCCAGAUCCUGAAGUUUGGUUCUUGGAUGGGGGGUGACCGAGAUGGGAAUCCUUCUGUAACUGCAGAGGUCACUCGAAAUGCUGUCUGUUUGGCUCGUUGGAUUGCUGCUGACCUCUACCUUCGGGAAAUUGAUGCUCUCAGACUGGAGUUAUCCAUGACCAAAUGCAGCAGCGAACUGUGGAAUCUGGUCAAAGUCACAAUCAAUGAAGACAAUGCCAUAGCUGGCUAUGGUGAUCCUGGUGCCCUACACAGCUAUGUCAGCUACGACGUGGGCGGAUUUGCUGCCCAGGAGUGCACAAUGUUGACUGGCACUGGAGUGGGCCCUCAAUCGUUCGAAGCAGCCAUGACUGGUGUGCUGCCACGGGCGCCAUUUCCUUCCAUGCCGCCCAUUCUGCGGGCAGUGGCAUCAGAAAACCAGCUCUUGCAUUCUGAAUCAAGCCUGUCCAUUGAUGGGCAACUCACACCAACUCAGGGUGUCGAACAGCAGUCACAAUGUCCUUCAAGACGGGAAUCAUCUGGAAGCGAGCCAGAAGCCUCAGGUGCAGCAAAGAAGAAAUUGGACAAAAAAUCCAGUCAAAAGUUGACAGUGGACAAAAUGCUGCAUCCUGUUGGUGGCCAUGCAGGAUGCCACCCCUACAGGAUCAUUCUUGGAAGUGUUCGGCAGAAGCUGCAAAACACAAAGAAGCACAUGGAGGACGUGUUGUCUGGCCAGAAGCCUGAUGAUGAUGAGGGUGGGUGGUAUGACAACCCAGAGGAGCUGGCUCAUCCCCUGAAAGCUUGCUACAGGUCGCUCUGGGAGACAGGUGCUGGCAUCAUUGCAGAUGGUCGCUUGCUGGACAUUAUUCGGAGAGUCUAUUGCUUUGGAACCACGCUAAUGAAGCUGGACGUUCGUCAGGAGUCAACCAGGCACACGGCUGCCUUGGAUGAAAUCACAAACUAUCUGGGCUAUGGCUCAUACUCCCAGUGGGAUGAAGACAAACGGCUGGAUUUCCUGACUAAAGAGCUGCUGGGAAACCGACCACUCAUCUCUCCCAACAUUUCUGUGUCAGAUGAAGUGAAGGAGGUCAUUGACACAUUUCGAGUGGUGGCAGAACAUGGCACCAGCUCUCUGGGAGCCUAUGUGAUCAGCAUGGCCUCGGCUGCCAGCGAUGUGCUUGCUGUGGAAUUGCUUCAGCGUGAGGCACGGUUGUUGAUUGCAUCAGAGAAUUUCAAACAGCCAGAUCAUUCCAACAGCCUGAGGGUGGUGCCACUGUUUGAGACCCUGUCGGACCUGGAUGGUGCUGGGGCUGUCAUGGACAGGCUCCUGUCCAAUGAGUGGUACAGGAAGCACCUAAGGGAAGUGCACGCUGACCAGCAGGAGGUCAUGCUGGGGUAUUCCGAUUCUGGCAAGGAUGCUGGGCGCUUGGCAGCCAAUUGGGCUCUCUAUAAAUGCCAGGAGACUCUUGUGGAAACUUUAAAGAAGCAGGGCGUUAAGCUCACCUUGUUUCAUGGAAGAGGAGGAUCCAUUGGUCGUGGUGGAGGCCCAAUGUACCUGGCCAUACAAUCUCAACCACCUGGCAGUGUUUCAGGGAGAUUGAGGAUAACAGAGCAGGGUGAGAUGGUCCAGGCAAAGUUUGGGAUACCUGCUGUCGCGCAGAACCAGUUGGAGAUUUGCACCACUGCUGUUCUUCUCGCAACCCUCACACCGCCCCGGCCGCCACGUUUGGAGGAAUGGCGGAAAUUCAUGGACGUAAUGUCGGAGGAGGCGUGCAAGACAUAUCGUGAAGUAAUUGGUGGGCCCAGAUUCGUGGAAUAUUUUCGUCACGCAACACCUGAAUCUGAGUUUGUGAACCUCAACAUUGCUUCACGUCCAACACGGCGUCGAAGUGGCGGUGGCAUUGAGACACUUCGAGCAAUUCCCUGGAUAUUCGCAUGGACGCAGACUCGUUUGAUCCUGCCCUCGUGGCUUGGCAUUGGCGAGGCGAUUGAGAAGGGCAUUGAUGAGGGGAAGCUGGAGAUGCUGAAAGAGAUGUAUGAAGAAUGGCCAUUCUUUCAGUCGUUUGUGGACCUGGUGGAGAUGAUUCUUGCCAAGGCUGACAUGCGGAUCGCUGCACUCUACGACGAUGUGUUGGUUGAUGAUCCCGAGGAAAAGGAAAUUGGAUCGGACCUGCGUGCACGGUAUGCAAAGACAGUGGAGGUGGUUCUUCAGCUGACUGGACACACACGGCUCUGUGAGAACAACCCAACCCUCAGGCGUCUGAUUGAGAUGAGAAAUCCAUACAUCGAUCCCAUAAACAUCCUUCAAGUCGUCAUCCUCAGAACCCUGCGGGGUGAUCCAAUGCAUGCACGACUGCGUGAGGCUCUGCUGAUCACCAUCAACGGAAUUGCUGCUGGAAUGCGAAACACAGGGUAG